GCUGUUUCCUUCUUCUGAACUCAAAAGAGUUGAACAAUUUUUCAUCUUCAAAAUGUUCUUAAUGCUUUGUUUCGUUUCGUUUUUCUUCAAAAUUUCAGAACCGAAAUGGAAAAUUCGGACCACGACGAACCCGACAAGAAGAGGCCUCAUCUUCUCACCUCUGUCUCUUCUCGCAUCACACGAAACUCAACCAAUUCUUCUCCUAACAGCAAAAACGCUGAUGCAGGUGUCUUGCAACUCCAGAAUCAGCAACUUGUUCAGCAGACAGAAAUCCAGAAACAUGCUUUACAUGAUCUCGAAGAAAAAACUAGAGAAUUAAAAGAAAGACAAAAUUCUUAUGAUGAUUCAUUAAUUGAAUUCAACCAACACUGGGAUCAGUUGGUCGAUGAUAUGGCUCUUCUCGGGAUACAAGCUGGGAGAGGCAAAGACUCUUUGCAAACUUUGGCUUACCUUGAUAAUCCUCAAGAUUCCCUUCCUUCGUGUCCUCCGGACGAUCUAUUUCUUUGUAGAUUAAUCCAGAAAGAUUCUAUUGAAGGAAGCAGUAAUGAUGAGAUAAUUAAUUAUGUUGAGGAAGCCCUUGCUUUGCGUCUGUUAUCUACUACGGAGUUGUUGAAACAUAUUCAAGAUACCAUUGAUGAUCAAAUGAAAAGAUUUGAGGAUAUAGCUCAGGUUUUACAUGGAGAUUUAUCUGCGGAAGAUGUUAUCAUCUUAACGUCUAAGAUUGAUGAUAUGGCGAAAAAGGAGGCAGACAAUUUUCGUGAAGUGAUUGAUACUCUCCACAUAAAACAUGAAGAGUAUACUGUUGGUAUUCAAAAUUAUAUAAACGAGUGCUUACGAGAUCAAUCUGACAUAAAACGUCUUACAGGAGAGCUUGACGAGAUCGUGGCUGAGCUCGAAGAGAGUAGAAGAAAACUAGUCAAUCUGAAAAUGCAAAAGGAUGCAGCUGUGGGAAUGAAUUCCUCCAAUGCCGAUGCAGUGAAUGGAAACUUGUCUCCUGAGAAGCCUGCAAACAAGGCCAUGGGUUUGCGUGAGUUGAAGGAUUCAAUUGAGGAAGCCAAGGUAGUGAAUGCUGAUCGUCUCUCUGAGCUUCAAGAUGCACGGGAAGAAAAUCAAAUCUUGACAAAGCAAUUCCAAGAACUUCAGAAUGAACUGAUUGAUGAUAAGUAUGUACGCUCUGCCCGAAUAUACUCUUUAGCAGAUGAUCAACUUCAACAUUGGAUCGCUGAAUUGGAUCGAUACAAAUCAUUGACAGAGUCUCUGCAGGCUGGUAGGGCUAAUGUCACAAAAUGGGAGAAGGAACUGAAUAUGAAAUUGGAGUCUGCUGAUAAUGCAAGGCGCAUCCUUGACAACUCUGACUCUAGGGCUGAUGAGCUCGAGCUUCAAUUGCAGAAGUGUAUUAUAGAAAGGAAUGAUCUUGAAAUUAAGAUGGAAGAGGCCAAACAGGACACUGGGAGAAAAGAUAUCAAAGCCGAGUUUCGUGUGAUGGCUUCAGCUUUAUCUAAAGAAAUGGGGAUGAUGGAAGCGCAGUUGAAGCGAUGGAAGGAUGCAGCUGUUGAAGCUGUAUCAUUGCGUGAGAAAUCACAUUCACUAAGAGCAAAAUUGAGUGGGAAGACAAGCGAACUCAAGAGCCUCGUAAACAAAUGUGCUGAACAGGUUUUGGAAAUAAAGUCUUCAAAAGCAUUGAUUGAAAAGUUACAGCAGUCGAAUCAGGAGUUAGAAUUUGUUCUGGAUAUGUAUGGUCCGGAGGAUUAUGCGAAAAGCUUGCCAGAAGUUAGAGAAUCUGAAAGUAAAGCUCGCUCUCAAGCUGAAAUGCUGAAAAAUGCUUUAGAUGAACAUGGUCUAGAGUUGAGAGUAAGAGCUGCUAAUGAAGCUGAAGCUGCUUGUGAACAAAGGCUUAAAGCCGCAGAAGCUGAAAUAGAGGACUUAAGGGCCAAGCUGGAUGCAACUGAAAGAAACAAGUUGGAGCUGAGUGAGGCUGUUAAAGUUAAAGAGGCUGAGGCAGAGGCCUAUAUAUCUGAAAUUGAGACUAUUGGUCAAGCAUAUGAAGAUAUGCAGACACAACACCAACAUCUGUUACAGCAGGUGGCUGAGAGGGAUGACUAUAAUAUUAAGCUUGUAUCAGAAAGCGUGAAGGCAAAACAAUUACAUAACGCUUUACUGUCUGAAAAGCAAACCUUAGCUGAUCAACUUCAACAGCUUAAUUCUUUGAUAGAAAAAUCAAAGACGAGGAUUGCAAGUAGUGAAGAGCAGAUCGAAUGUAUUCUAUCAGAAGCCGCUAAAUGUACUCAAGAUGAAAAGCGCGUUGCAGCUGCCUUAGAGUUUGCCAGGUGGGAAUUGGCUGAUGCUGAGAAGGAGUUUAAGUUGCUCAAGUCUGCUGCUUCAUCUUCAGAGAAAGAAUACGACCAAAUUCAGAAAGAUAUAGAAGCUAUUGAAAAGGAAUUGGAUAGCGAAAGGAGUUCACGGAGGAAGCUUGAGGAAGAAUUAAUGGAAGUAAACAAUCAAAUUGCUGAGCUGAAUUCUGAAGCCGGAGAAACUGCAGUACAGAAGCUUGAAGAGGAAAUAAGAGUUUGCAAGAACAUGAUCAAAUGCACUGUUUGUUCUGACCGUCCAAAGGAGGUGGUGAUUGUGAAGUGCUAUCAUCUAUUCUGCAAUCCAUGUAUACAAAGAAAUCUUGAACUCCGUCACCGCAAAUGUCCUGCGUGUGGAACUGCAUUUGGACAGAGUGAUGUUCGCUUUGUUAAAAUAUGAGACAUGUAAUGAUGUCUCCUUGUCUUGUGUUGUUAAAUAUUUUGGAUCCAUUGUCAUUGUUGUGUACUCUUAGACAAGCAUUCUUAUCCAUAUGAGUAAUAAAUUUUCGGAUUAUAGACAUUGGUUUUUCUUGCA